AUGCUGAAUCCUUUUAUAUGGCUACUAUUAUUAUCUAUUACUCUUCUUGUUGGUGCGUUCCUAUUUGGCAGCAUUCCCUUGGCAGCAAAACUUUCAGAGACAAAAUUGCGGUACUUAACAGCUCUUGGCGUCGGUCUAUUAGUCAGUACAGCACUUGUGGUCAUUAUUCCAGAGGGGAUCGACACUCUCUACAGCUCUCAUACUUCAGCUAUUAUCGCACGCCAAGCUGCCCUUCCUAACAUCAAUACCCCAACGACAACAAGGGAUCUCAUUAAUGCGCAACUAUCACUAGCUCAAGACAAAACAAAAAGGGAGUGGGAUGACGCCAUGCUUGCUAGAGAUGCAAUUUUAGGACAAUCCCAGUCAAAAGAGACAGACGACACAACCGCAUUACAUUCUGCCGUUGGAUUAGCACUGGUAAUUGGAUUUGCCACAAUGUUCAUAGUGGAUCAGCUUAGUUCAAUGCAUGUUCAUGCUACAACUGGAAAUGAGUCGAUGCAGGCAUCGACAGAUAAUGGGAAACAGCCUACCGAGGAAUCAGAGGACGAAUUAUCAUCUUCGACUAGCAGACUAACUCAUUCCCCGACGAAAUCAGGACGCGCAAUAACACCCACCAUUGGAUUAAUAGUUCAUGCUGCAGCAGACGGAAUCGCCUUGGGUGCAUCAGCAUCUCAUCCUCAACUUUCAAUGGUUGUAUUUAUAGCAAUUAUGCUACACAAGGGUCCUUCUGCGUUUGCACUUACUACUGUACUGUUGGCUGAAGGCGUUUCAAGAGUUCAGGUCCGAAAACAUUUAUUACUGUUCUCUAUGGCAGCACCUAUUGGAGCUAUUUUGACCUAUCUUAUUCUUUACAUGACAUCCUCCACGGCAUCUGCCGGUAUUGAAUACUGGACUGGCGUUCUGCUCAUUUAUUCUGGUGGUACAUUUCUCUAUGUUGCGAUGCAUGCUCUUCAGGAGGUCAAUACAGUGGCUUCACAUUCGAACAAGAUGAGUCGCGAAGAGAUUGGUACUAUUCUACUUGGGAUGUUCUUACCGGUCCUUAUAAACGUCAAACACUCGCAUUAA